AUAAAAUUUCUGACGUGUUUUGCAUUUCAACGAUAGUGGUUACUUUCCGUUACCUAUGAUGAGAAAGGUAAUAGUUAACAUUUUGACAAAAAUUUUAUCCUGGCAAGAUCAGACUACAAAAGUUUCAAACAUCGUGGAAUAAUUUCAACACAGUGACCCGCAACCAUGAAUUUUCUAAUGUUUCCUAAACUGGACGAGUACGCCAUCGAUCCGGACUUGAUCAAUGAAACGCUGGACACUCGCACGUCAUCUAGGUCGAAGUCAAACACGUUACGCCUGCUGCUACCAAACAUUCUACGACAAAGGAGUCGAACGGGCAGUAAAGCCGGUCUUAGAGAAAAGCAGACGAAGCGAGCUCGUGGCUACAACGACACGAGACUUAACACCGUUCGACGUACCACCAAAGAGCAUUUCCGGCAAGACACUGCCUUUAAACCUCCCGAUUUUGGGGAAAAUGAUAACCUUAAGGAUAGAAUGAGUUCAAGAUCUCAGUUCUUUAAAAGAUGGAGCAACUUCCCUUUGCCCUUUGACACACAGGAAUCCCGCAGUCCCUCAGCUAAAGCGGAGGUUCGUUCAAAAGUAAAUGAUGCGGGGACAACCCCUAGAUCCCGGAAAAGGCAAAAGGAGAAUCUUCUCCCUGCAAUCUCUCACUCGAACGAUGAGGCUCCCACAAGAAGUGAUUCACGCGGCGGUAAAACCGUGAAAGAGGUGAAGUUUUUCCCCGUGAUGCACCUCCAAAAAACGGACGAUGAUUCCCAUAUUUACAGCGAAGAGGACAGCGCCAUUCUCAAACGCCAGAAGACUAACAGCAAGCCGUGGAGCUUGUAUCAAGUGAUGACACAGAUAAGUCACUCGCCUACUUCCCCCGUGGGAUUGAAACAAGGACCUAUGGAAGAGAAGCCCAAGGGAAAGGUUAAUUAUUUGAGCUUUUUAAAAAAAAUAAAUAAAUUAAGAAACAAACAAAAUAACAUCAUUUUUUCUUAAACUACAAAAGAAAUAUACUAAACAUUCACAUCAUUUAUGAUGUAUGCUAUUUUCAUGGACUAAUGAAUGGAUAUAAAGUAUGCACUAAAACGAACACUACUGAAAAUCCCGCAUCUUUAAAACGUGUAUGCGUUUGUCAACAAUGUAUAUCUUCAGCCACCUCGUGUUCCCUGAAGUGAAAAGGGAAGACACGUAGGUGAGUUGGAAAUGGUUCUCUCGUCUGAUGAAAAAACUAUUCACAGAUGAGCAUUACUUUCGUAAGUGGCAAGCUGUUGGAGUCUCAGUACUGUUACUUUCGUCACAUCCAUACGUGGAUUUUCAUUAAAUAAUCAUGUAGUUUAACCCCCCUCCCCUCCCCCACCACACCACCACACAUGUUACACCAUGGACAUUUGACUUCGAUAUCAAAGUAACCCAAACUGAGUAGGUGACAAAAUUUGACGUAGAUGAAAUUAUGAGUUUGUUGAUACCAUCUUUGAGAUUGUAUCCGCCAAUGGUUGCAUUUAUUAACUGUUUUUGGUAUCACUAGAUUGCUGGGAGAUUUAAAAAACUCAUCGUUGCUGUCAAGAACGUGCUCAAGUUGGCUAGGGCGAUCAUCAAAACGUGAGUACAUGGAUAAUAUGAUGAGAGAUGAAUUGCUAUUAUUCUAAAUCCUACAUGUAUAUGAUGAGAGAUGAAUUGCUAGUACUCUAAAUCCUAUGCUUGCUACUGUUCAAAAGAUAUCCUCUCGCUAUCUGUAAACAUCAACAGUUAAACUGAAGUUGUAUCAUCCAUGGAACGUGUCAAAUUUUUAAGUUGGAAAGAUUUUUAAAAAGUAUUAUUUUGUUUUAGUUUCUUAGUCGAUAGUUUUACAAGGCACUUGUGUCAGCUAAAAAAAAGUUUAAAAAAAAAUAAAAUAUCAUCACAAACGACCAGAAACUGCCUAUCUCUCUGUAGUAAGUUAGUGGCAAUCUGGGCGGCCGGUGGGAAAAGAUUAUGUUUUAUUAAUAUACCAAUACCACGGGUGGCUAAUAUCUCAAAUUUAAACUGCCUCUAUCUUGGGAUGAAAACGAGCUAUUGUGUGUGAUGACAUAGACAUUGCAAGGAGGCAGUCUUUUUCAAUCCUUCUUACAUUAUCUUCGCUUUUGUUUGGAAUGUUUGUGGCACAACCUGCAGACGGCUAAGUGACCCACUUUCCGUCAUCCUCUCGAACUUAAAAUUAAGCACAUGGACUCUUGACCGAUGACAACACAUUCUAACAAAUAGUCCAGGCCCUCACCACAAAAUCAGUUUUUCUUUCUUUUUUUUUCAAGGAAAGGAUGAAUGAAUUAUGAUUUGUUCAAUGGGUGCGUAUUUUGGCGUGGAGAUUAAUUGUGUUGCUCUCGUUAUCUUCUUUCUAUUUUUGACGUGUAAAUAAAUCUUGAGUCUUUUAGGUUUUACACGCACCAAGUUUGAUCAAAACAAUGGCCGUACGAACAAUCAGUUUGGCUACCAUGAAAGAAAUGAUCAAUCACGCACAAAGACAUAAACCAUGAAAAAAGCGUAUAAACUGUUUAUACGAAAAACUUGUGUUUUUUUUUUUCAGGGUCGUGUCAUAAAGCAUCAUAUCGCUUUAGCUCAGAGUCGCGAUUCUUUACACCGCAAAUCCUUUUUCUUCCAGUUGUUUGUCAUGAAUUACAUGACACUGUAGAGCAAAUAGUUCCAGUUUCUGUAUCACUACGCCCAUAUGGUUCAUUUUGUCUAAUUCUUACUAUUUUUUAACAUUUUUCAUUAUAAAGGUCCAAGUUAAUACAUAGAGUCUAAGUUUUGCAAAAAAAAAAAAAAAAAAAAAAAAAUAAAUUUAGUUAAUAUUUUAAAAAAAAAUUUAAAAUUAUUUUUUAACAUUUUUCAUUAUAAAGGUCCAAAUUAAUAAAUAAAGUUUAAAUUUUGAAAAAAAAAAAAAAAAAAAAAAAGUAAUAAUUUUAGUUAAUAUUUUAAUAAAAGAUUUAAAAUCAUGCCAUCAUUUAAUUUGUUACUUUGUUAUAACGUGUAUCCAACGUUGAUAGCAUUACUUGCCAACUUUUUGAGCUAUGGGCUUCAACUCACUAACACAAGUAGAACACACUGUUAAGCGAUACCGUGUAGCUACCAAUCAGGUGGCGCUAAAUUUUGUUUACAAUGUGUUCGAUUGGUUUAUGGCUCCCCUAAAAAAAAAACAACUUCUUUCAAUGAGUGCUCCCCAUGUCAAAAUAUAUAAACACGAAAACCCCACACAAAGCUAGGUCUGUACUUUGUUUCCCCUACGUUAUUUAUGUGCCACUGGUUGAAUAUGUGUCAAAUUUUUCUGCGUGUACCCGGGGUUGAACGGUUACCGGAAAUUUCCUUGAAAGACGGAAAUUUCUUUGAAAGAAAUUGCGUCGACUGAAAAUUGAUCGACGGAAAUUUGAGCGAAAGGAAAUUUGGUGGAAUCUUUUUUUCCGUUCACACGUUUAAAUUUUGCGUCAAAUUUGUUUUUCAACCCAUUAUACUAUAUAGUAAAAGAAAAUAAUGCGGUCAUUAAUAUGUGGCCAUCUUUGAACAUAUGGCCGUGUAUGAACACGUGGCCGUGGUUAAACAUGUGGAGUUGUUGAACAUUGGGCCGUGAUUGAAUAUAUGGUCAAAUGUAUAUGUUGCAAACUCAGGAAAACACUUCAUUACACGGCCACACCUGACUGUCCAGCAACACGCCUGUCUGUCUAGCAACACGUCUGCCUGUCCACCUGACCGUCCAGCAAAACGCCUGACUGUCCAGCAACACGCCCGAGUGUGCCACAAACCCAGAUGAAAUUUCAUGUCACCAGAUUAUAAUCUAAAUGGCACUCGUUGGAAAAAUCAAUAAUCUAUAUCGUCAUUACAAGGAAUUGCGUAAACCGGUGAAAUUAAAGAGUUUGAAAUACUUGAGAGCUUCUCUGUGGAACAAACUCCACAAUGGUUGCAACACAAUCCAGGUAAGUUAAACUCCACAAUGGUUGUAAUACAAUCCAGGUAAGUUAAACUCCACGAUGGUUGUAAUACAAUCCAAGUAAGUUGAACUCCACAAUGGUUGUAAUACAAUCCAAGUAAGUUAAACUCCACAAUGGUUGCAAUACAAUCCAGGUAGGUUAAACUCCACAAUGGUUGCAAUACAAUCCAGGUAAGUUAAACUCCACAAUGGUUGUAAUACAAUCCAGGUAAGUUAAACUCCACAAUGGUUGCAAUACAAUCCAGGUAAGUUAAACUCCACAAUGGUUGCAAUACAAUCCAGGUAAGUUAAACUCCACAAUGGUUGCAAUACAAUCCAGGUAAGUUAAACUCCACAAUGGUUGCAGUACAAUCCAGGUAGUUGAACGUAGCCUAAAUUUAGCUUCUAGAGGAAAAUAAAAUAUGAUCCCCACAUUGAUUCAGCCAUUGAGUUGACAGCUAAAGUGCAUUGCUACAUUAAUUGUGACUUGUGGCUGGCAUUAAAAAAUAUUACUCGCAAUAUUUGCUACAUUUUUUUUUUUGGGGGGGGAGGGGGAGGGAGGGGGGUCGGGUAAGACAAACGGAUUUUCUUCAUGCCAUUUUAUGUAAACAAGAAAAAGAUACAAAUUGUUUUCUGACCGCACGAUUUCCCAUAUCAAGUUUGAAUUCAAUCAACUAUCGAAUGCUUGAAUGGAUAACAUUAUUUUAUUUUUAGAGCAGGGGUUCUUAGCCUUGUUGGAGUGACCGAACCCCACCAGUUUCACAUGCGCUUUCACCGAACCCUUCUUAAUAGUAAAAAUAAAAUAUGAUAUUUUUUUUUCUGAAUUUUUUUUGGGGCCUCCGCCGAACCCCUGAGACUGGCUCACCGAACCCCUGGGGGGUCUGAUCGAACCCAGGUUAAGAACCACUGCUUUAGAAGAAAUAUUAAUAACUGUUUAUAAUAUUUAUCCUCACACAGUCGCUUCUUUAAGUAGUUUUAUGUCAAGUGCGGGUGCUAUUUUUGGCGACGACCGUUCAGAGGUGUACUAUCGGUUAUGAACUAGAACAAGGGUUCUCUAACUAUUCAAACAGGGUGCCGGAUCAGACACCUUCGGGGGCCGGAUCAUUGUGCCUCAGACACUGUCAGGGGAAUUAUAGUUUGAAAAAAAAUAAUAAUGAACUAACUAUAAAAGCACUGCAUCUUAAUUGCAGUGGGGACCCCCCCCCCCCCCCCCCCCCCCCACACCCAAAAAAAAAAAAAAAAAAAAAACAAAAAAAAAAAAAAAAAGUAGAUCCAACAUAAACUUAAUAGUAUUCAAAGGUAAGUAUGGCCAAAGAGAUGAUGAAUGUUCGGUUUCGUUGAUUUCAGAAUGACAUUUGAACAUUUUUGCCAUCAUUCCAGGUCUGAUAGUCCCAGCGCCUUGCUGAAAACGUUCACAGACUUGAGCCGAGUGCCAGACUCUGACGGGGAGGAAUCUUCAUCGGAAAACAUGAAAAAGUACGGGCUCCAUUUUGAUCCCUCGUACUUUAGAGCCAAUCGCGAGGUAAUCUCUCUCUCUCUCUCUGUCUCUCUGUCUCUCUCUCUCUCUCCCUCUCUCUCUCUCUCUCUCUCUCUCUCUCUCUCUCUCUCUCUCUCUCUCUCUCUCUCUCUCUCUCUCUCUCUCUCUCUCUCUCUCUCUCUCUCUCUCUCUCUCUCUCUCUCUCUCUCUCCCUCCCCCCUCUCUCUCUCUCUAUCUAUCUCUCUCUCUCUCUAUAUAUAUAUAUAUAUAUAUAUAUAUAUAUACAUUAUAUAUAUAUAAUGGUUUGAAUCAAUGGCAGGUAAUCUAGACAUUUAUAUGUGUUUAACUGAAGACAGGUCAUCAAUAUAUAAUGUAUUAUUUACCAAUACCUAUGAGGGUUAACCAUUUAUAGACCAAUACCAAUGCGAGUUAACCUCUUAUAGCCCAAAAACAUGAGAGUUAAACUUUAUAGACCAAUACCUAUGAGGGUUAACCUUUUAUAGACCAAUACCAAUGCGAGUUAACCUCUUAUAGCCCAAAAACAUGAGAGUUAAACUUUUAUAGACCAAUACCAAUGAGAGUUAAACUUUUAUAGACCAAUACCUAUGAGGGUUAACCUUUUAUAGACCAAUACCAAUGCGAGUUAACCUCUUAUAGCCCAAAAACAUGAGAGUUAAACUUUUAUAGACCAAUACCAAUGAGAGUUAAACUUUUAUAGACCAAUACCUAUGAGGGUUAACCUUUUAUAGACCAAUACCAAUGCGAGUUAACCUCUUAUAGCCCAAAAACAUGAGAGUUAAACUUUUAUAGACCAAUACCAAUGAGAGUUAAACUUUUAUAGACCAAUACCAAUGAGAGUUAAACUUUUAAACCACACAGCCGUUAAAUCAAAACGAGUAAAAAAAGUAUUUGACUAAGUUAGAAAAGACAGUAGGUCUGUGUUAUUUUUACAAAAUAAAUUAAAAACUACCCCAUUAAAUACUGCCUGCGGCUAUCUCAGUACAGUCCGCUACCAUCUCCCAAUAAUUUUCCACUCCAUUCAUUUCGAGUAAAAAUAACAUUUGUUUAAAAAAAAAAGAGUAAAGUUUUGGUGACUCCGUUUAAAAAAAAAAUGUAUUUCCCAAAUAAGUCUAGGCUCUGAAAUGAAUUGUUGAAAUCAGUUCCGCUUGCCCUGGCCAGAGGUUUAAGUGGGGGUACAGUGGUCUUUGCUUGAUGAAUAUCUGGGGCCAAUCAUCGUCAACAAUUGAUCAAUAAGAAAAUACAUUAGGGAUACGAGGAGCAGCUACUGGUAGUAAUCCAUUCUUUCAUCCGUACACAACAAACGUGGGCUCUGGUAAUGAUAUAAUCAUUCUGUUACAGAUAAAUUUGAGCAGUGAAGUAAGGAGUAUUCUCAAGCUGCAUCCCAAUCGUAGAACACCAGAACAAAUCCAAACAGUGAGUAGAACACCAGAACAAAUCCAAACAGUGAGUAGAACAGCAGAACAAAUCCAGACAGUGAGUAGAACACCAGAACAAAUCCAGACAGUGAGUAGAACACCAGAACAAAUCCAGACAGUGAGUAGAACACCAGAACAAAUCCAGACAGUGAGUAGAACACCAGAAAAAAUCCAGACAUUGAGUAGAACACCAGAACAAAUCCAGACAUUGAGUAGAACAUCAGAACAAAUACAGACAGUGAGUAGAACACCAGAACAAUUCUAAACAGUGAGUAGAACACCAGAACAAAUCCAAACAGUGAGUAGAACACCAGAACAAAUCCAAACAGUGAGUAGAACACCACAGCAAAUCCAAACAGUGAGUAGAACAUCAGAACAAAUCCAAACAGUGAGUAAAACACUAAAAGAACUAGAUAACAUUUCCCUGUGUGAUUGUACACCCUGAUACAGGUGUCUUCUUGACUCUAUGUAGUCACACCAAUGCCGUAAAAAUCAUUGACGGUAACAUUACAUUUAAUUCUUCGUUUGUGGUAACUGUAUGUGUAACAUUCCAUAAAUUCAGUUGUCGAUGGAAGUCUAAUCAAACGAAAAUCAAAUGAUAGAGAGUUAAAAAAAAUUAAAACAAGAAAAGAUGAGAGAGCCAGAGAGAGAGGGAGAGGGGGAGGGAGGGAGAGAGAGGGAGAGAAAUAGGAGAGAUAGAUGAAAAGUGGGGAGAGGAAAAUAGAAGAAGAGAGAUAAUUUAUGUAUUACUUUAAUCUUAAACAGUCAGUUGGUAAAAAAAACAACCUAUAUUGUAUAUCUUAAUUUUAUAAAUUUUAACUCAUGGCGAUGUCUCUGUUCCAGGCGAUGUUUGGUUUACAGAGCAUUCCGUCGUUUGCAGAGUAUCCACUUCACAUGCAGGAGAAACUGACCAAGGUGGCUUGGCUGGACAUGUGAGUAGUCAUUUCACUCAGCCGUGAAAGCCAUAAGAUCGCCAAAAACUCACACUAUGUGACUGCUCAUACGGCUCAGCAUUUCGAACACAAUAAUAAAUGUUUGACAAUUCACAGGACAAUAAAAAUUGAACCACUGAUUUAUUGAUCCAACAUUUUACAUUGCUUACAACUUAUACACAAAGUGAUAAAAUAGACUAAAACAAUAUAAUAAACAACACACACAACCACCAUCACCCUCACACACACCCAACCACACACUCAUGUUGUUCGUCCUUCACACGGGAAGAUGACCAAGGCUUUAUUACACGGUGAGCACGUAGGUGGCCUGCCAGUCCUACUUGUGCAUGGAAAGCUUUCCCGUUCGUGGGACACACGUCGUUGUGAGUCCUAGUAGGAUUGGAGUCGAUUUUGAUUUUUCUUGCCAUGCGCUUGCUUUGGGCGUGAGCGGUGCUCUUAUUCUCCGAAGAUUUUGUUCAGACAGUGAGUCUUCCACGUCAGUUUGCACGGUCAAUGGCAAGUGUCUCCCACAAAUCAAGGUCAAUGUCCAUGGAUUUAAGUGAAGCUUUUUGACAGUCCUUGAAGCAUUUUUUUCUUCCCACCAGCUGAGCAUUUCCCACACACACAUAUACACACACAUAUAUACACACACACGCAUGUACAAACACAGGCACGCACACACAUAAACACGAAUCACUAUUCUAUUAAGCACCUAUUACCAUGUUCAUUCUCAGAGUAACACCCAACAGGACAAUCAUCAGACAAGGACAUUUUGCUGAGAACUUCUACUUCAUUGUCUCGGGUCAAGGUAACCAUUGCAUGUCAACGUUAGGGUUCUAUUUUUGUGACUAUAAGAUACAUCUUAAAAUAUUAUGUCAUGUAUUAGAGUUGGGAGAAUAACAUCUUUUUCUUCACAUAAUGUAACUUUUAAAAAUUACCUUUGAAUUAUAUAAAUAGUACACAUUUGUGUGACAUUGAAACAAUAACGAGAUAUAAUAACAUUUAGCUUUCUAAAAUAAAGCGUCACAAUUUUUUGGACAAAGCAAAAAGUGACAUAGUCAUCCGUGACCACUCACUUUUUGUUUAAAUCUCAGCUCACCCCUACAUCAAAAUAUCAAUGUUAAUACGAGUACGCGUUUUUCAGUUUUUUUUAUGUAGCCUCUUAGCAAAUGAAAAUAUGAACGAAUUUGACCCAUAAAUUGCUCUAUUGAGUUUCAGAAGAUCGUGUUCUCUAAAUUCUUUGGUGUGUUAUAAUUUGUUGUUGUUGCUGUUGACGGGUAGGCGGGAGGGGCUAGUUUCUUCACCAAUCAUUUUGAACUUUUGCCUCUUAUCUUUCUACACGAUUUAUCGAGACAUCAUUUUAAAAUGUAUUUUUCGAGUUUGCAUUGCUUCCUGUAAUUUCCUUUAAUAUAGUAUUAGUAUUUCCGAAUAAAUCGAUAAAAUUGCGUACCCGAGAAAACAAUUAGUAGGCGCAAUCACUGAAACUGUGACUGCACGUGUAACAGGAAAUAAUCUGUAUUGAUUGACAGGAAUAUUUGAAUGACGUCUUCACGUGGGAUUGGCUGCCAUAAAAACAAAUUUAGCCUGAGGGGCGGAACUUAAUCAUGGACAACAUUUCAGUUGAUCCAAUGCUAUCUAAUUGUAUCUGCCCAAUGCAACCACAGCUGGCUUUUUUGUAGUUUUUUAAUUUUUUUUAUGAGAACAUUGGCAGCCCAGUGCAAGCACUGCUGGCUUUUUUGUUUUCUUAUUAUGAGACUCAAGCUCAUAAGCACCAUUAACGAUGGCUAUGAUAGAAACAAAAUGCCACCUCUCCCCCAAUAAACAAUCUCAUUUCUGUCAUGUUAAUUUCCGGUACCUCUUGUGUACAGCCUCUUGUGUACAGCCUCUUGUGUGCAGCCAUUUGUGUCACAUAACAUUAUGGAAAUAACUACAUGAGAGUAUGGACAGCGCUCACCAAACGGACCAGGCCCGGCUUAAUAAAUGAUCAAGUCAUUGUUAACGUAUUCAGUACUUGCAUCAUUGCUGCCGAGCCAAGUUAUAUUCCCGUGUUUUGGUCAGAGAUUUCGGUUCACAAUUAACAUCGUUCGUUCUUCGGAUAAAACACGGUAAAAUGUUUAGAAAAAAAAGGGAAUAGUUGAAUCAGCAAAAGACAUUUACCCAGAUUUGGAAUCUACAUUUUCCGAGGACAUGUAGCUACUGAUAGUUCAUUGAGUUGUUUCGUACGUUAGCUUCAAGGGAGCCGUCAAUGAGACGUUUCAUCAUCAUCAUCAUCAGUGGCGCUGCAGCUCCGCAUCCUUGCAUUCGGAUGGACCUAUGGCUUUCCACCUCAAUGCGAGAACCCCCAGCGGGUGCAAGUCCUUUUCAGUCUUGUUCGAACUGGGAUUCAUCUGCCCCCACUUUUCUGCAUGCAGAUCCCUUUUGCUUUCUCUACAAUCCGGCAUCCUUUCAAUGUGCCUUGUCUAGCACAGACUGCAUUUUGUAAAAAUUGUUGCUACUAUGGAUGGGUCUUUGUACAGUUGAUAUAGCUCUUGGUUUGUACGGGUUCUCCAAACACCGUUGUAUAUCACUGGGCCGUAUAUUUUCCUUAGGAUUUUCCUCUCCCAUGUAUUGAGCAGGUUCUCUGUCUUUAUAGUAAGGGACCAAGUCUCACUUGUGUAAAUUACGACUGGUCUCAUGAUAGUGGUGUAUAAUAUUGUUUUAAGGGAACCGUCAUUUAAACGCUUAUUUCUAUAACUAUUUUCCUUCAUUGCAUAAUUUACCAUUUAGUAGGUGGCGUAGCUAAGGUUAUUGCCACCCGGGGUGGGUGAAGCUUUUUUUUUCGGGGCGUCCCUCCUCCUCCGCACCACCUUCCUACCCCACUCUCAUCUCCAAUUAGUAAUAAUGAAACUGAUAAGAUGAAGACUUUAAAUUACAUCAUCAAAACGGUGACACCAUGCCAAUGACCUCGCUAGUUGCUAUUUCUAGGUGGCAGAGAAAUAAAAACAAAAGUAUUUGUAAUAAGGUUUGACAUUUCUAUGCCCAGAACACGUCACAUCGCUUUACGUAAUGUUACUUUUUUUAGGCAUGGCCGCUUACAAUGUAUUUCCGUAUGGUAACAAUUUGCUUGUAAAAUCUUUCGUAAAAUAAAGUUGUAAAACACGUUUUCAUUUAGGUUAAGGUACCGCUAUGCUGGCACAUAUUAACGUAGAAAUGCCUAACAGCUGGUGAGAGAUUGGCCAAACGAAAUACCAGGAUGUUUUAAUAAUAUCUUUCCGCCAUUUAAUGAGAUUGGCCAGAAUGUAUACCCGGAUGUGCUAUUAAUAGCUUUCCUCCCUUAAAUAAGAACCCCCGUAUAAAAUAUUCUUGCUCUUCAAAACUCCUAAUAUUACUUAACGCCAUUAAAAUCUUUAUACAAUCAGCCAUUCGUUUAUGAAAGUUUAGUAUCUUUUUGAACAAAAUAAUAUGUUCAAAUUGUUCCUUUCCUCCGACAAAAUACUAAUGCCUCCCUACCGCAGACCACAACACUAUUUUAUUCAUGUGUGCUCAAGAUCCAGGCUAGUGAAAAUGUAACGCAGGCUGACUGACCAGGGGCGGAGCAAGGGUAGGUGCUACCGGGACGGGCCAAGCCUUUAGCCCCCCUCCCUCCACCCUUCCAUAAAAAAAAACAUUUUGGAAGCUAGCCUAAAAUCCCCCCCUCCCCCCCCCCAACCCCCCGUGGCAUUUAAAGGAAACAAGUGCCGUUCGGGAGUGGACUGCCUCCUCCACGGGCGUCAGCACAGGGGGGGGGAGGGUGGAAGCAAGCAGCUGCUUCCAGUCUGAAUUGAGGGGGGGGGGCCUCAUUUUUGAAUUUCGCCAGGUAACAGAAAUUAAAUAUGAAAUGAAAAAUACAAAUUCCCGAUAUCAUUUUUUUUANGGGGGGGGGGGGGGGGGGGUUGGUAUUUUCUUAGGAGAAAAGAAAAUGUCUAUUUCAAGUACCUGGCUUGGGCUGGGAAUCGAACUCCAAUCCUCUAGUGUGAAAUAACAAUGUUUCCAAAUGGUGUAUUGCUAACAUUCUUAUUGUAGUCAUAAACACUAAAACCAUGACUGGUAUGACACACACACAGAAUUUACAAAAUCCAAAGUCUAAGGGGGAAGAGUGGUUGGCUUCCACUAACCAGGGGGGGGGGAUAUAGAAGCCCCUUUGCCUCCUCCACACCCCCUUUCCUAUAGGAUACGUCACUGCGGCUAACUUAAACAUUUGUUUGUCCAUCCGGCGUGGAAUACGUAAUGAGUACGGGCGCUUUCUUUGUGCGUCUGUCAGUGUCAAAUCAUGCCACGAGACAGAUCCUAAUGUGAAACCACUUAGGCGUAAGAGUAAUGGUCAAUUCGCGCUACGUCUUUUAGCUAAGUCACUCGCUUCUUAUUAUUUAGAAAUCUGUUUUCAUAGUGGAACUAUGAGACGUUUUUUCUGGCUAAUACAUAUUGAGCCUGUAAUCGAAUGGUUGUAAGGUAUAACCAGUGCCAUCUAUUUUUUUUCUUCCUCUUUUGAAUAAAUCAACCUGGAAAGGAGUGGGGGAUGUGUGAUGUAUUAUGUGUGAUGUGUUAUGUGUGAUGUUUUAUGUGUGCUGUGUUAUGUGUGAUGUGUUAUGUGUAAUGUGUUAUGUGUGAUGUGUUAUGUGUGAUGUGUGAUGUGUUAUGUGUUAUGUGUGAUGUGUUAUGUGUGAUGUGUUAUGUGUGAUGUGUGAUGUGUUAUGUGUGAUGUGUUAUGUGUGAUGUGUUAUGUGCGAUGUGUUAUGUGUUAUGUGUGAUGUGUGAUGUGUUAUGUGUGAUGUGUUAUGGGUUAUGUGUGAUGUGUUAUGUGUGAUGUGUUAUGUGUGAUGUGUGAUAUGUGAUGUGUUAUGUGUGAUUUUUUAUGUGUGAUGUGUUAUGUGUGAUGUAUUAUGUGUGAUGUGUUAUGUGUGAUGUUUUAUGUGUGCUGCGCUAUGUGUGAUGUGUUAUGUGUGAUGUGUUAUGUGUAAUGUGUUAUGUGUGAUGUGUUAUGUGUGAUGUGUUAUGUGUUAUGUUUGAUGUGUGAUGUGUGAUCUGUUAUGUGUGAUGUGUUAUGUGUGAUGUGUUAUGUGUGAUGUGUGAUGUGUUAUGUGUGAUGUGUUAGGUGCGAUGUGUUAUGUGUUAUGUGUGAUGUGUGAUGUGAUAUGUGUGAUGUGUUAUGGGUUAUGUGUGAUGUGUUAUGUGUGAUGUGUUUUGUGUGAUGUGUGAUGUGUUAUGGGUUAUGUGUGAUGUGUUGUUCUUCCAAUUAAACUGCUAUAAAAAUACAACGAACGUGCUUUGAAGUCUUAGAGGUAUUAAAUCAACCCCCCCCCCCCCACACACACUUUUUUUUUCAAAACUGCUUUCCCAUAUCUUAAUAUAAUCAAGGGAGAAAGUUUAACAGGGGCUGUUCUCCCACCACACACAAACAGUGCCAGUGUUAGAACAGGGGCUGUUCUCCCACCACACACAAACAGUGUCAUUGAUUAGAACAGGGGCUGUUCUCCCACCACACACAAACAGUGCCAUUGAUUUGAACAGGGGCUGUUCUCCCACCACACACAAACAGUGCCAACGGUUAGAACAGGGGCUGUUCUCCCACCACACACAAACAGUGCCAUUGAUUAGAACAGGGGCUGUUCUCCCACCACACGCAAACAGUGCCAGUGUUAGAACAGGGGCUGUUCUCCCACCACACACAAACAGUGCCAAUGAUAAGAACAGGGGCUGUUCUCCCACUACACACUCAAACAGUGCCAACGGUUAGAACAGGAGCUGUUCUCCCACCACACACAAACAGUGCCAUUGAUUAGAACAGGGGCUGUUCUCCCACCACACGCAAACAGUGCCAGUGUUAGAACAGGGGCUGUUCUCCCACCACACACAAACAGUGCCAUUGAUAAGAACAGGGGCUGUUCUCCCACUACACACAAGCAGUGCCAGUGAUUAGAGCAGGGGCUGUUCUCACACCACACACAGACAGUGCCAGUGAUUAGAACAGGUUCUGUUCUCCCACCACACACAAACAGUGCCAUUGAUUAUAUCAUUCCAGUCUGUACGCCCUUUAGCCUAUACAAAAAAGCCGAGACAUGUUUCCGCGUACAUCAAAAGCUAGACAAAAACCCAACCGUUGUCUCGUUACACCAUUAACUCUAACUCUGUGAUUCAGAUCUUCUUGUUUUUUUUCUUUACAUUUGUGGAAAAAAAAGUAUGUUAUGUUUACCCCAACUUCUAAGGGCCCUGGGAACAUUGUCUGCAGCUUGUACACAUACACUUACAGGGGCGGGUGUUGUUUUUCAGAUGAAUUUGUUGUUAUCUAACACCUCAGCAGAAUUGCGUCUAAAGUGUGAUUAUAAGUGUGAAUAGUUUCUGUGUUUUGGUUAAUGUUCAAGUAUUUGCUUGUGUCAUUUCCAUCUUCUUUAUCGUCACGUUUGUUGAAUGGAGUAGUGGACGAGGAUUGUCAAUACGGAGUGUAUGACGUAUACAUUUCCAGGGUCAACUAACUUAAUCGACCAGAUUAUGUAACAAUAAUAGAGUUUUAGCGUAUAUUUUCCCUGCGGUCUGGGUUAAAUUUAAUCGAAGGUGACUGUUUGGUACCCCCUAUGUGUAGCUGACCAACUGGAUAAAUCAAUGUCUUUGCAAUGCAACGAACCAAUGAGGUUGUGAGCAGCUGUGUGCAUUGACUGCCGUGACAGAGAAGGGGGUGAUGAUGUCAUACAUCUGUGGGCGUAGAUGAUAAGCUCGACCCACUCUCCAGGAGGAACAGUUGGGGUGCCCUGUUAAGGAACAGGUGGGGUGCCCUGUUAAGGAACAGGUUGGGUGCCCUGUUAAGGAACAGGUGGGGUGCCCUGUUAAGGAACAGGUGGGGUGCCCUGUUAAGGAACAGGUGGGGUGCCUUGUUAAGGAACAGGUGGGUGCCCUGUUAAGGAACAGGUGGGUUGCCCUAUUAAGGAACAGGUGGGGUGCCCUGUUAAGGAACAGGUGGGGUGCCCUGUUAAGGAACAGGUGGGGUGCCUUGUUAAGGAACAGGUGGGUUGCCCUGUUAAGGAACAGGUGGGGUGCCCUGUUAAGGAACAGGUGGGGGGCCCUGUUAGGGAACAGGUGGGUGUUAAGGAACAGGUGGGUUGCCCUGUUAAGGAACAGGUGGGGUGCCCUGUUAAGGAACAUGUGGGUGCCCUGUUAAGGAACAGGUGGGGUGCCCUGUUAAGGAACAGGUGGGGUGCCCUGUUAAGGAACAGGUGGGGUGCCCUGUUGAGGAAUAAGAGGUUGCUCUUGCGGAGGGUCUUUAAGUGCCCCGUUGGUGUCUGGUGGGAAGAGAGGGCCCGUGGGUGUUCGUCUCUCCCCAUGGACCCAGUAUGUCGUCAUUGAGCGCUCCCUCGAGGAGAGGAUACUGAGGAAUCGAGAGUUGUCUAGUAGUCUAUGCCCAUUGGCCAUUGUGGCUUGCGGGGGAAAAAAAAAUCAUGAUACAUAUUCGUGUCAGAUUCACGAGUGGAAAGACCCACCCCCGUUCCCCCGUGUUUAGAUAAUAGGAUGUAAUUGCUGUAAAGUCUUUGAUGCGGAUGCACGGCUGUAAGUGCAUAGGCUGCUGCAGAGUAAACAACAACAACAACAACACAAACACAGUCCACGCGUGUGUGAAGCGAUGAACACAAAAGGGUGUGUGCCCGGGCUGGUCUGGUUACUAACUGGGCGCUCAGGGCGAUCCUUGGUGCUUAAAUUGAAAAAUUCCACGACUCAAACACUACUUGCCUAGACUCGAUUUAGUAAGAAGCGAAUCCGGCUUGCGAGUUAUUGAAAUCAAAAUCUCUUUUGGCGAUUUUCCGCUCCAUGUCUACUAUCAACAAAGUUCUUUUCUCUGCCUGCCCAGACUUCUAUAUCUUUAAAUCCAUUUGGUGUUUUACAUUAUCUGUGGUAUUGUUUAUCUAAACAUAGUUUAAAUAUUUAUAAUAUGACAAUGAACAUAUCUUCAUAUGACUUCAUUUUUUUUUUUUGAUCCCGAUUGUUUGUAGCUCUGGUGACCAUCAGCAGACCAGGCGACUCUUCAGCUCAGACGGCGGCCAUGAUGAGAAAAGGAACAAGUUUUGGUGUAUGUAUAGACCUAGCUAAAUAAUUCUUAUAUACCGACAACAGCUUAUGUCUAUAGACCUAGCUAAACAAUUAUUACCUACCAACAACAGCGUAUACUUUUGUGUACAAAUAUAACAAAAUCCGAGAAAGUCAAAAAAUAUUUUACUACAGUUUUCUUCUUUAAUUGAAAUAAGCUGAAUUACUGGGGUAAAGUGGGAUUACAUUUGAUCAAUGCCCCCCUACCCCACCACACCCCCUUCCAGGAACUCGCAUUACUCCACCACUCCAGGAGGACGGCGACCGUCACAAGUCAUGACACUGUCAAACUUCUGUCAGUCGGACGAGAUGAUUUCUUUGAUAUUUUCAUGUCACGCCAGGGCACGGGUGAAAUGCCAGACCACAUCAAGUUUAUCAGGUCAGUGACUGCAUACGCUUGGGCAAAUAAAAUACAGCACCAGAUGUUUGUUUUAUUGCGAAAGCGAGUGUCUCUUUUCUUCUCUUACUAUAAUGCUUAUCUAUCUUUAGUUUUGAUAUCUGUUAGAAUGUUUGAGUCAUAUAUCAGAAUACACUAUGUGACAGCCAAGUCGACGUAAUCUAGAUGUCCCUAGCAAUUUUCUAUCAUAUAUUUUAACUUAAUUUCUAGCAGUGCAGAUUUGUUUAGAACAGCGGUUAUCAACCAGUAGGUCGCGGUCCCUUUUGGGGAUCGAAGGACCCUUACACGGGGGUCACCUACAGGGUGGGCCAAUAAAAUAUUUUAGAUGUUCUCCCUUUUAUUGGCCCACCCUGUAAGACCAUCGGAAAUCACAUAUUUAUGAAGUAGCAUCGAAAAUAAUUGUAUGGUUUUGGGUUACCACAACAAGAGGAACUGUAUUAAAGGGUCGCGGCAUUAGGAAAGUUGAGAACCACUGGUUUAGGCUACCACGUUUUGACUCCAUCGCUUUACUGAAGCUUUCAUCGGGACUAGAUGUGUAAAUAUUUUCACUCACUCGAUUGCACGAAAAGUGUCAUCAUAUAGAUAAGAAUAUAAUCCGUUAUAUCAGGCCAGGGGAUAUACUUAGAGAUAUAAAUCUAGGAAAAUAGUUGUAUAAAGCUGGGAAUAUAGCCUACUCAGUGAUAUAAACCUUGGAAUAUCGUCAGUGAAAUAAAGCUGGGACUAUCAACAGUGAAAUAAACUAGGAUGAUAGUCAGUGAUCGAAAGCUAGGAAUAUGGUUAAUGAAAUAGAGCUUGCGAUAUAGUCAGUGAAAUAAAGCUAGGAAUAUAGUCAAUAAAAUAAAGCUAAAUCUGUUUAUUUUGUAAUGUUUCAGUCAGUUGGAGUUUAUGAAAGACUGGCCCCUGGAGCGACUUUUGGAAAGACCGGACCAAUGUCUUUUGCAUUUUUUCAAGUAGGCAUAUAGGGAAUAUACCAAUAAACUUUACGUUAACUAAAUGUCAAAUUGUCUAACUCAAUACGUUUUUUUUUUUAAAUAAAAGAAAAACAUAAUUCUCCUACUUAAUGGUGUUUUCAAUCUAAGAUUUUUUUAUAACGCAUACACAAAGUUGAUAUACGUUUUCUUGCGUUUGGUCAGAUAUAACUGAAUAAUCCUAAAAGUUGAUAUUAAUUAUCUUCAUGUAUUUUGGUCAGACGUAACAUGGUGAUCUUGAAAGACAGUCGAACGUCGGAAUGGUUCUACGUUGUCAAGUCCGGCUCCUGUCAGGUUCUCAAACAGUUGAAGGGGGUCACCGCACGCCUAGCACCUCUUAGAAAACAAACCCUGGAAUCAUCUGAUCGACUUUACAGAUCGAAAAUAUCUUCAUUUCAAGGUACGCGAUUCAGGAUAACGGUGAUUUAAGGUAAAAUCAUCACCACUGUCCUCAUAGGAUGAAAUGAACCAAGGGGAGAAAUAAUGUUUAAAUUAUGUCUUCCAUUUCUGGAUCUACGUUCAUUUUGGUAGAAAUAGAUGAGGAUGGACUGUACCAAGUAUCAAACGGGAAAAAUAAAAACAAAAAAACGGGGUGGGUUUGCAAUGCCAAAUUUCUCAAUUAGUGAAGUGGGUAUCAGCUAAGAUGGUGGAUUUCAUGGAUGCAGGUGAGGCUACAGAUUAUAGAGGAAGGUGAAUUUAAUAUAUUUUAAAAAAAUCACUCAAAUAUUCUUUACUUCGUGAAAAUAAGUGAUUGGAUUAUUGCAGUAUUGUAUUAAAAAAUCUUAUUAGACUACGCACCUACAUCAUUAACAUAGGCUGCCAAAUAACAGGCUGUAAAGUAUGGGCGGCAAGGUCAUAUUUAGUGAACUCUUACAACAAAGAGACAAAUUUCCGGGUUGAAUGCAAGCAUUUAAUUUAAAUUAUGAAUGGUCUUCAUUUGAUAGCAUUAGGGCAAAUGUAGAAUUUUAAAUUGGAAAUCUCAUGGGCCAAACAGCCGGACUUUGGUCAACAUUAAUUUGAAUAGCUGAUGCUUGUUGCGGGGAGAUUGUAUUGACCUCAUCUGAUGUCACAAAUAAAAUCAAUUACACUGAACCAAUUAAGGCACAGCUCUGAUGACAUCGGCCGUAUUGGUCUUCAUUCCAUUAACAUGGAGAAUUCCUUCCAACUUUUUGAUCAGUUGUAAUGUAAGUUGGACACCAAGUAGGGGUAACAGAGAAGGUGGGGUAAGAAAUAACUUGAUCGAAACCGUAAAUAACGAUCAUGUCCUAGAUUUUAAAAAUAAAACAAUCAAACAUGCUUAAUAGUGUCAAAUACAUUUUUAAAACAUGCACUUGCAUUCGCAAAGUAGAUUUUGUUGAUUUUAAAAAAAAUGUAUUUAAAGAAGCAUACUGGGAGGAAUGGGUUCAGGUUGAAGCAAUAAGUAAUAUAGAAAGGGGAGAGGACAACCUGAAAGAGGACAACACAAAAAAGCGGAAGUUUCUGCCGGAAAGCCUUCAACUCAAGAAAACACCGAUACCAACACCCUUAGUUUGUUGUAUGAGCUGAGACUGUUUGUCUUGGAAUUUCUUCUAUGUCGAAGGCUUUUUGACCGAAACGUGCACAUUUUUUUCAUGUUUUCCUUUUUCAGGUUUUCCUCUAUACUUUGUAUAUUAUUAUAAAGGAUGCCAGAUUACGGAAUCUGUGAUAUUUUAAGGUGACCAAAAGCUUCAGUGAUGACAUCACUACUAGUUACGUAAGAGAUGUUGCUAUUGGGUAUUCUUUCAUUCGCUACAACACUUUUCAGGUUCUAAACAUGAGUACAAAAGACGACCCCAUCGGAACAGAUCAACUAGUGCCAGACCUCGUGAUGAUUAUGUAAGUUAGAGAAGGGUGGGGGGGGGGGAAAGAAAUAUUAUAGCAUGGGACAAAAAUUACAAAGUAGUUUUAAAGCUUAAUUGACCAAUAGAAAUAUGCAAAUCAUCGUUGUGGAGUGGGGAUGACAGAGUCAAAGAAAUGAUUUUCCUUUAACUCACGUUUCUAUAAAGAUAAUUCUUUUUUUUUUCAGUAUGAGAAAAACAAGACAAGGAAAAAACGAGGCAUGAGUGACAACAAUAGUUCAAAGAUCACUAGCCAUGACGAUCACGAAGGCAAAACUGGUUCAGAUCUUGGGGAAUCUCCGCAUGUAUGUAGUUGAAAUUGCUAAUAUAUAGUUGGAGACACAUGCUUGUCAUUAAGGUGCUGUUUUGGUGGAGGAAUUACACAUUGCACCACACUGUGUCAUUAGCAGGAGCCUGAAAUGUUUUAAAAGUUGUUAAAAUUAUUUUUUUCCCCAUGCAGGUCAAUUAGCGUGUGCACUCAACUAAAUUAAUAUUCUGCGUUGUAUCUAUUAAAUAUAUAGAAUGAUAUAUGCAAUUUUAAUAUCAGAAGCUGAAAAAAAAACAAAUCAUCUGUUUGAUAGUGUGCUAUAGUGUAUGUCAUAACAGGUUACCAUCAACAAAAAAGACGGUCAGAGUGAGCAUGCAUUAAACAGCGGUCAGAAUCGUGCCCAGCAGUGCCCCCAGGCACAUGAGCAACCUGUGUUUGUUCAAAUUGAGCUGUUGAAACCCAUGGAUGUUUUUGUAAGUUGAUUGGAUUCAUCAAACAAUUGUCUAAUAUUGAUCAGUUAGGUCAAAUGGGACCACGGGUAGCUCAAGAAAGAGAUACUCUCAUGAAAUCUAUAAAGUAUAGCCUAAAUGACUUUACAAAUCCGAAAAUGAGAGGAAAUUGCUUUAAACACAGGACCGUUUAUAAAUAAAAUAAAAAAUUGAUGUGGUUCAUUAAAAGGUAAACUUUGAUGAACAUCUUUAAAUAUGUUUUCUUGAAUUGCAAACAAUAACAUUAGAAAUAAUAACAUUAGAAAUAAUGACAUUAGAAAUAACGACUUAGAAAUAAUGACUUAGAAAUAAUGAUGUAGAAAUAAUGACCUGAGAAAUAAUGACGUGAGAAAUAAUGACAUGAUUCUUUUUCUGUGUUUCAUGAAGGUUUUGUCUUUACUCGUUUAUAAUAUUCUAUUAUUUACUUUUACAACAGGGACUCGAUCGGGUCAGCUUCAAUAACAGCCUGGAGACGGAGUCCUCCAGUGUCAGUUUGGUAAGAUUUCAUUUCGUGAGAACCAAGCCAAAACUUGAUAUUUUUCAUUGUCAUCCCGUGAGUUGCGCUGGUAACCAUGAUUAAGUUUGAUCCUUACUUUGUGCUGAAAGACGUUCCAGUAGGCCCCACUGUGCUGCAGACUGUAGACUGUAGCGGGUGGGAUCACACUUAGCCUACUAUUAAAUGUAUCAAGGUGAACUCUUUUAAAGGGCCGGCCUUGGUUGUAAAAUUAAUUUUGUGUUGACACCUGUCAAGGUCAUAAACCUCAGAGAGAAUGUGUGAGUUUUGAUUUUGGUGACAAAUGGGGCGUGUGAGCGAGUGUGAAUGAUUUUCAUGUCACCAGUGCGUGGGAUUUUGGGGUUAUAAAAUGGGAGGCAACUUUUUGAGCCGGGGGGGGGGGGGGGAGGGUCGUCAUUAGCUCCAUGCUGAGGCCGAAAAACAUUUUUCUCUUUCAGGAAUUAAAUUUAACCAAAGUGGGGUUGUUGUUUUUUUCUACCACACCUUAUACAGAGCACUAUUAUCAGGAAAUAUANCGCUCUUCCGAGUGUAGUGUACUUGGGCAUUGUGUUAUUUUUCAGAGAGAGAGGCAUUCGAGGUGAAGUUGGAAUAGUAGGCCAUAUUUUGACAUGGGCCAGAAUAUUUGACAACACUGAAAUGACUUAACGGUUGAUGACCCCCCCCCCCACCACACCCCAAAAAAAUGUAUUAGAUGAGCUUUUGAUUGAGAUCUGGCCAGUGACGUACUACGUUAUUUUAUUAUUGAUUUUUUAAAUUCAAAAACCUGGAUGAACACAACAUUAGACCCUCACGAAGUGGCCACUACUUUACAAAUCCCUUUAUUCAUAACAAUUGCGUAUGUUAAACGAAGUUCUCAAUGAUAUCACUUGACAUAGCUGAGGGCAUGUGUUUCUUCUCUCAGGUAAGCCUUGGGGCUGAAUGCAUCAUGCUCUCCAAAGGUUUCUUCAUGAAAUACGCCAAUGAUAAAGUCAAGAAGAGAUUUUCUGAGAUUGUUGCACCCUAUCCUAAUGAGAACACACUACAGGAAAGUUUGCAGGUAGACAGAGUUUCGGUAUUAACUAAAGCACAUACAUUGGGUAGGAACCAGUGCACAUUCAAUUUGGUAUUGCAUUGGGUAUGAACCAGUGAACAAACAUUGGGUAUGAACAUAUGCCCAAAUAACCAUAUAUAUAUAUAAUUUUCAAUUUAGAAAUCACGAAAGCAAACAUUGAAUUAAUUAGAGUGGAUGAGAAACAGAUAGUACACUUGAAAUGUACUAUGUAGCUAUAGAUUCAGCAGAGUCAGUAUUAAUUCAAAGGUUGAAUAAACAAGCUUUUUCUUAAAGCAAUGCCCUGUAUGUGUCCACAGCACAAAGUCAACUGGGAGUUAUACAAGCAAUCAGUCUUAGAGACAGCAUCUCCUAAACUCAAGUAUUUCAACAAGAAACAGCUUACACUGAAUGCAUGAGUGUUGAAUUGAACACUUGAAAUACAUAGAAACCUGACAGCCUAAGAACUUUUAUUGCAAAAUAUAAAAGGAAAUUAAGUCUUUAUUUUAUAUACUGUGAUAGACUUUAAUCUUACUUGUAAAUUUUGCUUUUUGUUUCAUGUCUUAACAACUACCUUAUUUGUGCAUAAGUCUAUUUUAAUGUCUUAUUCAUCUUAUGAUAUAUUGUAAUUUUUUUAUGUCUGACAAAAUGGCUGGAUGAUUGAAUAACCUUGUUAACUUUCCAAAUCUGCAUGUAAGAAUAUUUAAACCCAACCAUGACUAAAUUAACAGAUACCAUAGAAAAACAAGAAGAAAAUAAACAUGGGCUAGGUGCUAGGUGUGGUAUCCCAGGAAAUCUAAUUGUCUUCAUACUAACUAGCCAGAAGGGCUAAUGAGCACCUGCUUCUUGCCUCCACACACCUGUCUCUUGCCUUCACACACCUGCCUCUACACAGCUGCUCACACUUCCUCCAGGGAAGCUGUGAGAGGGGGGGGGGGGGCACUGGUCUAUCUCAUUUUUGUAUCCUCAGUUACCAGGAACUGACAAAGAACAUGCCUCCAUUAGCCAACCAUGGUUGUGUUCAGCAUCUACCUGUCUCUUGCCUUCACACACCUGCCUCUACACAGCUGCUCACACUUCCUCCAGGGAAGCUGUGAGAGGGGGGGGGGGGCACUGGUCUAUCUCAUAUUUGUAUCCUCAGUUACCAGGAACUGACAAAGAACAUGCCUCCAUUAGUCAACCAUGGUUGUGGUCAGCAUCACUGAGAGUUACUUACCAGAACUAGACAGUCUGCUCUUUAAUGAAAUCCAUUUGAUUCUUAAUUUCACAUUCACUCAAGAAAUGUAGAACAGUUUAAACUAUCCAAUAUGUAAGGUUUUCUUUUCAAUAAUCAUUUUUAAAAAUGCCUAUGUUAUAAAUUUUAGUUUCAC